AUGAAUGAGAAUCUCAUAGUGGUAAAGAGGAUAAAAGAAGUUCUAACGCUGAAUAAACCGUGUUAUGUGGGAAUGAGCAUCUUAGACUUAUCCAAGACUCUAAUGUACGAUUUCCACUACAACACCAUUAAGAAGGAGUAUGGUAAUAGUUCGAGGUUACUGUUCUCCGAUACCGACAGUCUGAUGUACGAACUGAAGACGAAUGAUGUCUAUGAGGACUUCAAGAGGAUCGGCGAAGAGCAAAACUGCUGGGAUAAUUCAGAUUACCCAAAAGAUAGCCCUUACUACUCAACCCACAACAACAAGGGUAUAUGUAAGUUUAAGGAUGAAGCUGGAGGAGUACCCAUAACUGAGUUUGUUGGGUUGAGGUCAAAGAUGUACUCCUAUGUCAAGGAAAACGGUGGGGGUGGAAUGACAGCUAAAGGGGUUAAGAAGUAUCUUAUCAGAAACAAGCUCACGCAUGAGAACUUCAAGAAUGCAAUCAACACGAAGGCUAGGAUGAGACACAACAUGAAUACAAUCAGGAGCACAAAGCAUACAAUUCGAACUUAUGAAAUGAGGAAGGUUACUCUGAGUUGCUUUGAUGAUAAAAGGUAUCUUUUGGAGGAUGGAGUUACCAGUUAUGCUUAUGGUAACAAGAAUAUAAAAAAUAGUGACUGAGAAGUUCCCACAGAGUAGAAAGUAAUAAUCCUAAAGGGUAAAUAAGCAGGUAGGGCCCCCUGCCUUAUGUACCCCCAAGGAGAAAAUAAAAGUUGCCGAAGAGGCUUUGGAAUAAGCAAAUUGGACGAUAUUGGAAAAGUCUAGAUGUUUGAGGGUUUGGGAAUCCCUGGUAUUUUGAUAGAAGAGAACGGUGAAUAGUUGGAAUCUGAGUGUGACAACUAAAAUAGGUAUUGUGGAGGUUGUAGGAAGCAUUAAUCAGUGCUCAGAAUUAAUAUCUGACGGUUCUGUGGAGGGGGGGGGGUGUUACCUCAAGGGUAUUUUAAAAGUUGUCGAAGAGGCUCUAGAAUAGGAAAAUUGAACGAUACCGGAAAAGUGUAGGAUUGCACCAAGGAUAAUCAUACUAGAGUCUCAGCUGGACUGAUAAGGUGAUCCCGAAGCUUUGAGAUAAGUUAAAUGAAAAACAUUUCGGACAAGACCUCAGAAUAGCAGUUUCACAUUCCAAAUAAAUGGACUGUGGAUCGGGAACACUCGUUGAGGAGCGGGACCAUUAAUUUUAAUAAAAAUAAAUCAUUAAUUUAAUAAAAAUAAAUGAUUAAUUUUAAUAUAAUAAAAAUAAAUUAUUAAUUUUACCAAAGGUAAAAAAUUAGAGGUCUCGCUCCGAAGCUAGUGGUCUCGCUACGGCAGUUCCUAUACUACUAACUAGGUCAGAAGAAAUGACAAUUAAAACAGGUGUCCCACAGGGUUCAAUUCUUGGACCUAUUUUAUUUUUACUUUAUAUAAAUGAUAUUGAACAUAGCAGAAAUUUACUUUCGUUUAUACUGUUUGCAGAUGAUACUAAUAUCUUUUAUAGCAACAGCUGUCUUAAAUCAUUAAAAAUAUAUUAUAUUCAGAUCUACAAAUAAGAAAUUAAAACAAGAUGUAAAAGUUAGCGUAAAUAAUGUAAACAUAGAACAUGUCAAAUGCACAACCUUUCUUGGUAUAACAAUUGAUGAGUAUUUGACUUGGAAUAACCAUAUAACUGAGGUAUCAAAGAAAAUCACAAGAGCCUCGGGAAUAAUAGCAAAAAUAAGACACUUGAUAAACAGAAAUUCACUGAAACUAAUUUAUUACACAUUACUGUAUCCAUGUCUUAUUUAUGGCAACUUGAUUUGGGGUAAUACCUACAAAACCCGAAUUCAAAAAAUAUUGAAUAUUCAAAAUAAAAUUGUGCGUUUGAUAACUUUUAGAUCUUACUCGGAACAUAAAGAACCUAUACUAUAUAUUUUCAAAAUAAAUAAUUACCUAACUGCUUUGUUUAUGUAUCGAUACUAUUAUCUUAAACAUUUACCGGAAGCAUUUGAAAAUUAUUUUGUAACAAACAAUGAAAUUCAUAACUACAACACAAGAAAUGCAACAAAACUACACAAGUGUUGUAAAAGAACUAAUUAUGUCAUACAUACUCUUUCAAACCUAUGGAAUACAUAAUCUAUGGAAUACAUUAGAUACAAAAUUCAAAAGAUUAAACUCUUACAAUGUCUACAAAAGAUUAAUCAAACAACAUGUAUAGUAAGCUAGAUCUUCUUCAACUUAUAUGCAAUGACCACAGAUAUACAGAAACCGUUAAUUCUAUAGCGAAAAUUGUGUAAUCUUGUAACUGUAUAUUAUGAUAUAAUAUCCUUCUUUUGUAAAUAGUAUAUACUUUUAGAUCUUACUUCAAUAAUUACUCUUCACUGUAAAGAUAUAUGCAAUUUUUUUUACAAACCUAACUAGUGGCCUACAUUAAAAAGCCUGAAAAGGUUUCCAGUAGGUCUCUAGCCCAACAUCUUCAAACUACACAUAGUUUUUGUUACUUAUUAUUGUACAUACACAUGGGAAAUAAAUAUUGAUUGACUUGUAAAUGUAAAUUAGGAAUAAAAUGCUGAUGAGGAUAAACAGGGGAUAUAUUUAAAUUCCAGCGAGGUACAGUAAUAAGGUGGUCACGAUAUACGACGAUAACAAUCAAGUGACAUCACACUUUGAAUUUUUAAGCCAAUAAUUAUUUGCAACAUCAACUUAUACCGCCGCCUAAACAUCCCCAAAAAGUUACAAAUUCGAAACCACGUUGAUCUAAAUAGCUUUUCUACUUCCUCGUAUAAUUUAUCAAAUAAUUUAAGAAAGUCUGCAUAAUAUAUAGGAACUGCGUUCCCCACAAAGAGACCACGAAACCAAGUUAUUCCGGAGAUGUUAAGAAAUUAGCUAAUGAAUUCAAUACCUUUUUUACCUCAGUGGGGAUAAAUACAUCAGCAACUGCAUUGGCAUUGCUUACUGAACAUGGACUACCCAUACUGAAUCUACCAACAUUUACCGAAAUACCUGAGAUUGAUCAGUUUUAUUUUCAUUCAGUAUCGUUGUACAGUUUUAUUUCCAUUCAUAGGGUUGUUAUGUCCUUUUCAUCAAAUAAGGCACCAGGAUUUGACAAAGUAUCAAUGGCUGUGAUCAAGGACGCCUUACCGUACAUCCUUCCUACACUUACGCAAAUUGUUAAUUGUUCCCUGGAAACAGGUGUUUUCCCAACAGCCUGGAAGAAAGCAGAGGUUAUCCCACUUCUGAAGGAAGGGGAUUAUGAAAUUCCGAAUAAUAAUCGACCCGUGUCGUUGUUAGUGGCUGCAUCUAAGAUCUGUGAACGCGUGGUAUUGAAACAGCUAACAGAGUAUAUGACAAAGAAGAAAAAAUUUACUAAACAUCAAAGUGGAAAUAGGAAGUUACAUUCAACCGAAACUUUAAACAUAUUCAUCUCAGAUUUAAUUCUCCAGUCCAUGGAUCGUAGAGAAGUGACUGCUUUACUCUUACUGGACUUGUCUAAAGCUUUUGAUAGCUUAGAUCAUUUCAUUCUGCUAAGAAAACUUUCGAAUAUUGGAAUCUCUAAGCCUGCGUUGUUUUGGUUUAAAAGCUAUUUGACAGGCAGAUGUCAAUCA